CGAAUUAACGAUACCCUAAUGGAUAUGUCUUCUCCCGGUAGAAGUUGCAGACGGGGGCGAGAAGGCAAGGAAUAGAACAGACGAAGGAAGAGGAGAAGGAUGAACGCUCCGGAUCGUUACGAGCGCUUCGUCGUGCCCGAGGGCACCAAGAAGGUUUCGUAUGAGAGGGACACCAAGAUCGUCAAUGCGGCCUCCUUCACUGUUGAGCGCGAAGAUCACACGAUCGGAAACAUCCUCCGAAUGCAGCUGCAUAGAGACCCCAAUGUUCUCUUCGCAGGCUACAAGCUUCCGCAUCCCCUCCAGUACAAGAUCAUAGUUAGGAUCCAAACGACCAGACAGUCUUCCCCGACACAGGCCUAUAGUCAGGCAAUCGACGACCUAGACAAGGAGCUUGACUAUCUGAAGAAGGGUUUUGAGGAUGAGAAGACCAGGUUUGAAGAAAAGCUAAGGCAGGGCUAUUAGGUCUAUUGUAUGGCCGAUAAAGCAUGAAGCACACAAUCAAUCUAUUUCAAGUAUCUUUUGGUUACAGAGUUGAGCAAAUGUAAAUCCACAUGCAAUGCAUCCAUCAUAUAUGAACUUCAACACUAUGUUCUAGAUUUUGCAGAGACAUUGGAUCAUAACUAAAAUGUUAAUGGUAUGGUCUGAAGUUAAAAGAUAUGAUUAUUGAGUUGGAUUAUAGAUAUUCUAUUCUGCUCUUUCUUGUUCAA